CUAAUAUGCAAUCGAUUGUUCUGUCCGACACCAGGUGCGUACUUUUAAAUAAUAAAUGCGCUCAAAUUUUUUAUCGCCUACCAAAAUAUUUACUUGCUACUGAUUUAAUGCACGCGCAUUUCGAAAUUAAAAGUUUUCAACUAUGGAGGUUUUGAAUAAAAUUAAUGAACGAUUUCCAUGCAGAAAAAAAGAACUACAAACGAUUGCCAACUUGCUUGGGCAUAGCGCAGAAAUACUUCCUAGUGCCAUUCACAUCUAUGGUCAUACCGGCACAGGGAAAACAGCGUUACUUAAACAUUUUUUAAAUGAAAGCAUUCGCCAUAAUAACAAGAUUAAUUUAAAUGUGGCUUUUGUUAAUUGUGUUGAAAGCUAUACUUCAAGAAUUCUAUUUGAAAAUAUUUUAGAAUUUUUACGCAAUGAAGAUACUGAUCAAACUGUGAAGAUAGAAAAUUUGAAAGAUUUCAUAGAGCAGCUGCGACACCUACAAAUCGAACCAGAUGCGCUCUAUAUAAUAGCCUUGGACAAUGCCGAGAGGCUGAGAGAUAUGGAUGCGAACGUGCUGCCGUCGUUUUUGCGUUUACAACAGCUAUGUGGUCUGAAUCUUUGCGUCGUAUUAAUAUCUCAGCUUUCAUUGGAAAAAUUUUACUGUAAAACAAGUAUUGAUAGCCCAGUUAUCUUAUACUUUCCACAGUAUACAAAGUCUGAGACCCUUGAAAUAUUAAGCGCAGACUUUAAGAACACUCAGAAACUAUUAAGCUCGCAUCUACGCCGUAACAAAGCAGAUAAUCUUUCACACAAAAUGACAAUAGUCGAACCAUUAACAAAAGAGUUCUUUAACAAUUACCUAAACUUAUUUUUGGGUGUCUUUUACAAAGCAUGUCGUGAUCUAUCUGAACUGAAAAUUACGGCACGGAAAUGUUUUAUUUUCUAUAUGGAACCUAUUUUGGAUGGCACCGUCAACAUGUCUGAUGUUUCAAAGCUAUGGCGGUGCAUUGCAGGUCAACUGCGGACUGCUCUUACACAGGUUUACAUACGGAGCGGUCAGCCAGAAGUGAACCCAACAGAACUGAAUAAUAAGGGAAUUGAAAAGAUAGCCCAAUCUCUGGAACUUCCUUACUACGGCAAGUAUUUGCUAAUAGCGGCAUUUCUCGCAAGUUAUAAUUCUUCAAAAGAAGACAAACGUUUAUUUGUAAAAAAUCAUGGGAAGCGGCGAAAACGAAUGCAAACUGUUAAUGCGAAUGCAAAAGUGACUGAAAAAAUGAGUACAUAUAUUGGUCCGAAAUCUUUCACCGUCGAUCGCCUUCUAGCAAUUUUUUAUGCAAUCCUUGAGGAAAAAGUUGGCUUAACUUGUAAUUUGUUGUCACAAAUUUCAACGUUGGUCAAUCUCAAGCUACUCAGCUUUGUUUCGGGUGAAAAUGUAAUGGACGGUACAUCGCGUUUACAAUGUACCGUGGGAUUAGAUUUCAUUGUGUGUAUUAGCCAAGUUGUAGGAUUUAAUGUUCGUCAAUAUUUGUGCGAUUUCAAUUAA